UUCCCCCUGUUUUUCAGACCGCGAGUUCGGUAAUUAAACCCAAAAAAAAAAUAACGAAACAGAACACCGAACUCGAUCAACUUUUAAGAUAGAGUCAGAGAGAUAGAGAGAUGGUGUUGAACAGUAGGUUGGUGGAGACGACAGUGAACAUAUCGACGGAUCUAUGGCAAUACGUAGCUUGUAACCCCGAGAGACUUCCACGCGCCACCGUCCUCCGUUUCAUCUUCUGCAUCCCUCUCCUCCAGCUCCGCCGCCUCGCUUCCUCUCUCGGCUCCUACCUCUGCUUCGAUUCCGAUCGAUAUACUCACUCCGAUUAACAACUUCCAUGGCCGCGGAUCGUUCAAAUUUGGUCCUUUGAUUUCUUAUAUAUACACGUCUCUUCGUUUGAUUAAUUGUUUUUUUUGUCUGUUUGUAAACCGAAAGUAAACAUUGUUAAAAAUUUGAAUACCAGAAUAAACCGGAACUUUCGAAAACAGAUUAAAACCAAACCGGACUGUAGGAGGCUGUUUGUGGUUGUCUCAUCUUUCACAGUAGAGAAGACUGUGAGAUUGUUUUUCAGUUGUGUAAUUUUGUUUGUUGUGUAAACCGAAAGGAAAAAUUGUUAAAAAAAUUUGAAUACCAGAAUAAACCGGAAAUUUCGUGAACAGAUUUAAACCAAACCUGACUGUAAGCGGUUUUUGUUGUUGUUGUCUCAUCGGCACAGUAGAGAAGACGUGUAAACCAAACGAACCAUCGAAGGUUUCGUGAGGAAGCAGGAAGAUGAAGUCGGUAGUUGCUCAUUUCUCAACGCCUUUAAUCACAGCUAGAUUCUUCCCUCCUACUACAUGUCUUAUUCAUCCACAAUCGAUCUCCACCGUCGCUCUCUCCGCCCUCCGCAGUCGAAAGUCGUCUUCUCUUACCGUGAUGGCCUCAGCAGCUCAGUCUUCUUCUCAGGCUGUAUCACCAGGGAAUGUCAGCAGUGAUCAAGAUGUUUUCAAAUUGAUUCAAGCUCAUGAGGCGAAGGCUGCUCGUCUUUCUCCUGUUGAGGAAAUACGAACUGUGCUUAACGGUAGUGUUUGUGGUAUGCUUUCCACUUUCUCUCAGAAGUAUGAGGGUUAUCCUUCAGGAUCAAUGGUUGAUUUUGCAUGUGAUGCUGAUGGCUCUCCAAUUCUGGCAGUCAGUAGCUUAGCUGUUCAUACAAAGGAUCUCUUAGCUAAUCCAAAAUGCUCACUACUGGUUGCUAGAGAGCCAGAAGAUAGGACCGGUUUGAGGAUCACCCUACAUGGUGAUGCAGUGUUGGUUUCUGACAAAGAUCAAGCGGCUGUUCGAUCUGCCUAUUUAGCCAAGCAUCCCAAUGCUUUCUGGGUUGAUUUUGGAGACUUCAGCUUUAUGCGAAUUGAACCAAAAGUUGUGAGAUUUGUUUCAGGGGUUGCAACUGCUUUUCUAGGAUCUGGAGAAUUCAGCAAAGAGGAGUACCAAGGAGCCAAAGUCGAUCCUAUCGCUCAGUUUGCAAAGCCUGUAACGUCACACAUGAACAAAGACCAUGAAGAGGAUACCAAAGCUAUUGUACACCAUACAACAUCCAUACCUGUGGAGAGCGCCUUGAUGCUUGAUUUGGACAGCCUUGGUUUCAACGUUAAGGCUACUCUUCAAGGGAACACCUUCAAGAUCCGAGUUCCGUUCCCAAGACGCGCACAAGACAGAAAGUAAGACAUUCUGUGUUACACUUUUGUAACCGGUUUCUGUACCGAGUUAAAACUACUGAUCCCUUUUACUAUCAGAGAGAUCCAAAACUGGUGGACUGACUAACUCUUUGGAAUGGUGGUGGUGUUUACAGGGAUGUGAAGACACUGAUAGUGGAAAUGCUUCAAGCUGCUAAGUCUGUUUCCAAUUAGUUUUGCUAAAAUAAAGAUGUAAAAAACUUCAUGUCUUGUUCUGAACCCGCUCCCAAGAUCUGUGAAUAUAUUAAGACUAGAACAAAACUAGAUACAUGAAAAAGGGAACUCAUGUAUGCUUAUUACACAUCCGCCAUGGUUAUGAUAUCAAAUAGUAAUAAAACAGUGAAAACAACAUUUAAUAA